UGGCUGCAGCCUGCGAGCAUUUUCCUGAAAAUUCGUCUGAUUUUGCUUCAAAAUUCUCCUAGAUUAAGAUGCUUGUGAUGGAAUUUCGUUAUUCAGAACGAUCAAAAUGGGAAUGAAAAGUGUACAUCUGUUGAUUGUGUUUGUUUUGUUUCUUUUGAUUAUCCUGUAUGGCAGUGGAAAUGAAGAAAAGCAGAAAGAAAAUGUCCUGACAGUACAAGAAGUUCAUUUGUUUGUGUCAACAUUAGAGGGCCAUCUCUUUGCUGUCAACAAACACUCUGGACAAACCAAGUGGAAAAUCAAGGAAGGACCAGUUUUAAGGGUUCCUCUCGAUAUUCCUGCUGGGAGAGCAUUUUUACCCGAUCCUAAAGAUGGCAGCCUGUAUGCCUUCGGCAACAGUUUUGAGGGACUCAAGAAGUUACCAUUUACCAUUCCUGAAUUGGUAACUGCCUCACCAUGUAGGAGUUCAGAUGGAAUCCUUUAUACAGGUUACAAGAAAGAUAUCUGGUAUGUUGUGAAUCCUGCAAAUGGUGCCCGGAUUCAAGAGAUGUCAAUGGACGGAACGGAGAGGGUCUGCCCCUCGUCAACGGAAUCGGAUCUUUACAUCGGAAGAACAGAGUACACAAUCGCUAUGUUUGAUAGCAAGACAAAAGCAAAAAGGUGGAAUGCAACAUAUAACGACUACUCUUCUCAUGUGGGCACCGAUGUCAAGGACUAUGACCUUCGUCAUUUUACAUCAAGCUCCGAUGGAACCAUCGUCACCCUCGAUAGCAAGACAGGUGACAUUCUGUGGGUGCGAGAUUUCCGCUCCCCGAUCGUGGCCAUGUAUAUCCUGGACCCCACAGAUGCCUUGGCUAAGAUACCAUUCACAACCGUCGCCCCUGAGACUCUACAGUACCUUACCGGACAGCUCUCUCACACCCUCUGGAAGAACAAGUUCUUAAACCACGGACAGGAUAAGAUAUUUUACCCAACACUUUACAUUGGUGAGCAUGAGUAUGGCCUCUAUGCUAUUCCCUCCAUCGUUGAUGAGAAGACUGUCAGCAUUGCCCCCAAAGCAGGUCCAUUGUUGUUAGAAGGCCCCGUAAAUGAGAAUGGAGAGAGGCCCCCUAACACUCAUACUGAGAGCGCCAAAGCUCAUACUGUCAGAAGAGGCAAGAAUGUCAUACUGAUUGGUCACCAUGAAGUUCCUGAUGAGAUCCGAUCACGCAUCUCCACCGAUCGCCAAAUCGCUGACAAGUCGGAUAAACCUAACCAGUACAUCCCGCCGUUCAUUCCGUACCGUCAUGACAAGGCCACCGUCCAUCCGAGCUCGUAUGACCCGGACGUGGACGAGGUAGAGAUCGAUAAUAUCUUCGAAGGCCGCGACCCCGAUGUGUUGCCAAAGUUCCCUCGUCGCGAUAUCUUCAGCGGUGAUGUCAAGUUCAUAACGAUGGUGGUGUUGGCGCUUGCAACCAUUAUUGCUGUGAUCUUCUACUUCCCCAGGAAAACCGAGGAGUCGAUCAAGAUUAUGCUUCAACGCCAGAUUGACGAGCAAAAAAAACAAGCUGGAAUCCAGAACCAGAGGUCAAUACAAACAUCCUGGUCGACUGCUGGUCCAACUGCAUUCACAGACAAAGAAGAAGUUCCUAAUGGUUUUGUUAGAAUUGGAAAGAUAAUGUUCAAUCCUCAAGAUGUUCUUGGACACGGUUGUGAAGGCACAUUUGUGUACAAGGGGAGGUUUGAUAACCGGGACGUAGCAGUGAAGAGGCUCCUACCAGAAUGCUUCAGUUUUGCCGAUCGUGAAGUGGAAUUGUUGCGGGAGUCUGACCAGCAUCCGAAUGUCAUCCGAUACUUCUGUAUGGAACAAGAUUCUCAGUUCCGUUACAUCGCUUUGGAAUUAUGUAUGGCAACUCUUCAAGACUUCAUCGAAGGGAAGCUGCGGACGAAUGGAUUCAAGUCGCUGGAUCCCAUCACAGUAUUAGAGCAGGCUAUAUCGGGCAUUGCUCACCUUCAUACAUUAGAUAUAGUUCAUCGUGAUAUCAAGCCACACAAUGUCCUCAUCUCCUACUCGGACGGAUUGGGCGGCAUGCGAGCCAUGAUCUCCGAUUUUGGCUUGUGUAAAAAACUUACUGCGGGGAGGUUGUCGUUUUCCAAGCGCUCGGGCGCUGCUGGGACAGAGGGAUGGAUCGCCCCGGAGAUGCUUGACCCUGAUCUGAGAACGACGUGCUCUGUUGAUAUUUUUUCCGCUGGUUGUGUGAUUCACUACGUCCUAACCCGCGGCAAACAUCCGUUUGGUGACAGUAUUCGAAGGCAGGCCAACAUCAUGAAUGGUGAAUACAGAUUGGAUAAGCUGGAUAGAGAGAAGCAUGCAGUGGCAAGAGAUCUUAUCGUCCACAUGAUAAGCCAUGACCCGUCCAUGAGGCCAAGCGCCAAGGCAGUCCUGAAACAUCCAUUCUUCUGGGUGAGGGAGAAGCAACUCAUGUUUUUCCAGGAUGUAAGUGAUAGAAUAGAGAAAGAAGCGGCCGACUGUGAGGUGGUUCUUAGUUUAGAGCAUUGUGGUCUACCAGUGGUCCAGAAUGAUUGGCGAAAACAUAUCACCGUGGAAUUACAAAACGAUCUCCGGAAAUAUAGGACGUAUAAGGGUAACUCUGUACGUGACCUUCUUAGAGCCAUGAGAAAUAAGAAACAUCACUUUCGAGAACUACCUCCUGAAGUCCAGCGCUCACUCGGAGACAUACCUGAUCAAUUUGUCGAAUACUUCACCUCGCGUUUCCCUUACCUGCUCAUUCAUGUUUACAACGCUCUAUGGUGCUGUCGGAAUGAGAGACUUUUUCACCAAUAUUACGAACAGAGUCCAAUAGAUACGUUGGCAAUAACGGCCGGUCCAGAUUCAUCGAAUAGUGUCUCCGAGGAAGAGAGUGACAGAAAUGAAUUAGACAUUGUGCGAAAUCAAAAACAAACUGAUGACAAGACACCUACGAACGAUAUCAUCGAUAACAUUCCACAAAGUGAUAAGGCAUUUAUGAAACUGAAGUCCAAGUCAGAUCUGAACGGUGUAGAUACGAUCGGAUCUUACGCUCAAGUUGCUAAAUUUUCUCCGGUCGCUGAGAGGAAACAUGCACAAGGUUCGCUGUUGCUUGUCCAGAGACGUACACCAGAUGGGGUUGUUCAAAAUAGUGACCUUGGGAAUGAUAACAGGGGUAAUGGGAAAAUGCUUGUGAUGAAGACAGGUAACUCGCCCAAGAUGGGACGUGGGAAUGGUAGGGUUAAACAGGGAAAUGGACAAAACACUGUAGGUCAGGAGGAUGGUCAGGCGAGCCCAGUGAUGGGGCAGGGAGAUAGGCGAAACAGCCCUGUCAUGGGGCAAGAAAAUGGACAAUACAGCCCAGUCAAUCAACAGAGUGACUGGAGGAAAAGCCCAGUCAAUGGGCAGGGGGAUGGGCAGAAUAACCCAGUCAAUGGACAAGGCAAUGGGCAAAAUAUUCCAGGCAAUGAACUCGGUGGUCGACGCAAUAGCCCUGUAAUGGGGCAAGACUUUGGGCGGAAUAGUCCAGUCAAUGGACAGGGUGAUCCACACCAUAGCCCAGUGAUGGGGCAAGGCAAUGGGCAGAAUAGCCCAGUGAAUGGACAGGGUCAUGGUGAUAGACGAAACAGCCCACGGAGGAUAAACACAGCAAGAUGGCGGAGAAAUCAGAGAGAGCGAGAAAGAUUAACGUGAUCAUGUAUGAGCUGAUUGUAUCAUUUACGGCUUGGGAGGGGUAGUUUUGUGAACGAGAGAGUUUUCUUUAAUCAGUGGCCUAGCACUUCUUGAGCUGAUUGACACUAAAGGCCCACUUCGUUGGUUCAAAAAUUUGAAAAUUUCUUAUUGCGUAAAUAAGCAUUGAAUAUGAAUUUCAACAAUGUUGAUGUGUAGACUCAUAUACAGAUUCUAUAAAUGCCAAGUUUCAGCAAAUUUGCAUGCACAAUGACUGUACUAUAGCAAAGUUUAGGUCUGUUGACCUGAUCCACAAGAAAACUAUAAUUACACAAACGAUGUAGGCCUUCAGGAAACAGUUUGCUUCCUGUCUGUAAAAUUGUGCCAUGUUUGGAGAGGGGGUGUCGCGUAACUGUGUUUUGUAUGUUUUUGAUAAUUGUUUAAUGUCGAUGUCAUUAUUGUUCAAGUUGUUGCGUUGACGGAAUGUCACCGCGACCUGACCUUUGUACCUUUGUCAUGUAUAUGUAUUAUUUUGUCCAUUUCCCAAAUGUGUUCUGUUCAUUUGAACUUAACAUUACAUUUCUCAGUGUCAUCAUUCAUCAUUCUUAGCGUCCUCAUUCAAGUGCAUGUCUUUAUUUUUUUCAAACAUAUCGAAACAGUGCCACCAGCUGUUAAUAGUUGUCAUAAAAGUUGAGCUUGAUUUUCUAUUCUGUUGGAACUUUUCUAGUUUGGAUAAACCUCUCAUUGAUUUUUUAAGUGACUUUUAAAUUUUCUAAAUGAUUUUAUAGUUUCUGCAUUCAUCAACUCAAACUUUGCCUAAAACAUUGUGUAUACUCAAGUACCUUCAUGUACAUGUAUUUGUUUGGUAGCACCCGCAACUGAGCAAUUCAAAUCACUGCAACCUACAAUCAUGAUCGCAUGUGACAAAAAUUGCUGGUUUGCAAUUACUAGUUUUACCCGCAGACGAGAGAUCUUCAUGUCGCACACGUUGUAAUAGCCGGUCGCAGUGAUUUAAAUCACUUGUCUGCGCAGCACUUUAGGUGUAACUUGGUUUUUUAACCAUUUUUUAAUGUUUCUAUGUUUUAUAUUGUGUUAGAUUUGAUUGGUUAGUAAGGUAAGCUGGUACAGUUAUGGCCCUGGUACAAUUAUAGCCAGCAUGUGCAUCGAAGAGUACUGCCAGUAGUUUUCUGUGCUGAAGGGGCUAUAAUUGCACCAAUUUACCUUACAUAUGCAUUGUACAUGUUUGUGAAAGGUGUUGGCCACAUUGCGUUAAUUUGGACAGGAUCAAAGUGUGUACUUGAACAGCUGGGUCUUUCCUGGGGAAAUUUUCACAUCAUUGGCGGGGGGGGGGGUCUCUUCAAGCUCACUGGCUUGGCGAUUUCUUUGGCUGUAAUAUGUGAUAUUGUACAAUCUGUUACCUUAAUGUGCUUCUUAGAAUUCAUUCAUGCAGCUGAGAAAGAGCUCUAUUCAUUUAUUUCUUAUACAAAUAGUACAUAUAUGAUGUGCAUGUUGGGCCCACGAAAAUCCACAAAUAAGUAUAUUUGCAUGGAGUCUGCCUUUUCAAAGCAUAGAAUUUGCUCAUGAUAAAUAGAAUUAUUAUUUUUUAAAUUUAAAAAGUGGAUUUCAAGGUGUCUUUUACCAUUUUUUCCAUGGAAUUUGCAAAAUAAAAAACCCACGUUUUGGGGCCUAUAACAUGUAACCGUGAUCACAAUUACAGAUGAAUAUGCAAGGGUGUGUGUGUAAUAUGGCAUUGUCAAUGGUGCUGGGUUUUGACAAGUUCAUGUGAGCGUUGUACUGGGUAGGGAUUAGCUGGUUGGGGUAUAAAACUGUGCGUGAACUCCCCACUCGUCGUUUGUUUCUGCCAACUUGAAAUGCUUUGAAUGAUACGUUGUAAUUACAAAUUUAAUAUAUUCUUAUCUGUAAAGUAUUUAUAAUCAUGUCAUUUUCAUAGAAAUCUUCUUUGUAAAUAAAGGAAGAAGAGAAUCGUAUACUAUUAA